AAAUAAAACUUCUGCGUUACAGAUAUAGGGAUAUAGGUGGCUCGAUAAAUAUUAAUGGACAAUUGCGAAAUAUGCGCGAAUUCAAAAAAAUAUCGUGUUAUAUCAUGCAAAACGAUCUCAUACAACCGAAUCUCACGGUUUUCGAGGCAAUGUCCUUCGCCGCCGAUUUAAAGCUUGGUAGAAGAAAAUCGAAAUCUCAAAAGUGCGCUAUUAUAGAUGAGAUUCUAAGAACACUUAGAUUAAUCGGAACGCGAGAUACACUCACAAAUAGACUCUCUGGCGGUGAAAAAAAAAGGCUAACAAUUGCACUUGAGUUCGUAAAUAAUCCUCCUGUUAUUUUCCUUGAUGAACCGACCACCGGACUGGACGAGCUCUCGUCUUCCCAGUGCAUCGAUGUUCUCCAGAGUCUGGCGCAUUUCGGGCGGACCGUCGUAUGCUCGGUGCACACGCCCAGUGCGAGCAUAUUUAAGAAAUUCGAUCAUGUUUACGUUGUCACCGAUGGACAAUGCGCUUAUAGGGGUACCACGGAUAACGUGGUGCCGUUCUUGCAAAGCAUAGGCAUAGAAUGCCCGAAACAUUACAACCCAGCGGACUUCAUAAUAGAAAUCUCGACGGGUGACUAUGGUUUUGAUUUGAUCGAACAGAUGAUCACAUGCGUUAACACGAAACUACCGUUACUUCCAAUUUUACGAUCAAAAAGCGAGUUUGAAUUUGAUAAAAAGAAUCCGAAAAUCUUAUGGAUCGAUCAAUUCGGCACGCUAGUGAAGAGAAUGGUGAUGCAGAUUUGUCGAAACAGAAAUUACAUGUACCUGAAGAUAUUGCUACACAUCUUUCUGGGGAUAGUAAUUGGCGGAUUGUUUUUUAAUAUGGGCAACGACGGUACCAAGGCUCUCUUCAAUUUCGGCUUUUGCUUCGCAUGCCUGAUAUUUUUUCUGUACAUACCCAUGUUACCGGUGCUGUUGCAAUUUCCUUUAGAAAUCCAGAUAAUGAAACGGGAACACUUUAACAGAUGGUACGACCUUAGUGCGUAUUAUUGGGCCUUAACAAUAGUCAAUAUACCUAUACAGUUAGGUUUCGCAGUUUUAUAUCUCUUAAUGGUCUACUUCAUUACGGGACAACCUCUGGAGUUGCACAGAAGCUCCAUGUUCUUUAGUACUUGCUUCAUAUGUGCCUUCAUCGCGGAAAGUAUAGGAUACAACAUCGCUAGUGUGUUUAACGCUGUGAAUAGUAUAUUCGCCGGACCUGCGUUAACUUGUCCGUUAAUGUUAAUCGCAGUGCAAGAUUUCGGUGAUCCGAGGCCUCUACCUCUCUAUCGUACGAUUCCUAUGUACAUGAGUUACAUUCGGUAUGGAUUGGAAGCUCUCACAACAGCCAUGUACGGUCACGGUAGACAGAGACUAUAUUGUCCGCCAGAGGAAAUUUACUGUCAUUUUAGCUCGCCUAAGGAAAUCUUGCGAAUUAUAGGGCAAGAAACACCUCCAAAUUUCUGGUUGGAUCUAACUGCUCUCUUCGUCAUUUUAUUUAUUUCUAGAGGAAUCUUAUAUUAUUUACUGAAGCAAAGGGUGCAACCAAACAGAACUUUCCAGAUGUUUCAAAUAAUUGGAAGACUCAUCAAACGUAAUUUCAUAUGAUCGUUAAUUAUAUGUUUUAUUUUCGUUUGUAUCGAGAUGUGUCGACAUUAUACACUCGAUACUCUUUAAGCAAAUAAAAUGUAUUCUAGAAAUAUACAUCUAAUAUGUAUUUUGAAAUUGUAUGACGACAGCACUAAAUUGCCGAU